AACCCAGCAACGCGAGUCAACAACAACCACCGCCUGGCCGACCCCCACCCCCACCCCACCCCCAGCCCGGUCCGGGGACCCCGGUACGUUCCGACCCCCCUCUAACAUCGCCUCCGAGGCCUCGGGAAAGCCCUUCGGCGGACAGAAGUGGGGAGAAACCGAGGAAGAGAAAAAAAAGCCUUAUUUAUUAUCAUUUUCCCCACUGUUGGCAUGGCAACACAGGCGUACGUUACUGAGCUACAGGCAGCCCCACAACCAUCCCAGCAGCCACAGGCCCAGCCCCAGCCGCCACAGCCGCCGCCGCCACCACCGCUGCCACAGGCGCCGCCACAGGCCCAGCCCCAGCCAACUGCCGCUGCUGCCACUGCCACCCCCCAGCCCCAGUAUGUCACCGAGCUGCAGAGCCCCCAGCCCCAGGCGCAGCCACCAGGCAGCCAGAAGCAAUACGUAACGGAGCUUCCGGCUGCCCCCACGCCCACACAGCCGUCCGGGGCACCCACCCCUGCCCCAGCAUCCCAGCAGUACAUCGUGGUCACAGUAGCAGAAGGUGCCAUGCGAGCCAGUGAAACCGUGUCGGAGGCCAGCCCGGGCUCCACAGCCAGCCAGACUGGAGUCCCCACCCAGGUGGUGCAGCAGGUGCAGGGCACUCAGCAGCGGCUGCUGGUCCAGACAAGCGUGCAAGCCAAGCCGGGCCACAUGUCACCUCUGCAGCUCACCAACAUCCAGGUGCCUCAGCAGCCACAGGCUCUCCCCACCCAGCGCCUGGUGGUCCAGAGCCCGGCCCAGGGCGGCAAGGGUGGCCAGGUCUCCCUGACGGUACACAGCACCCAGCAGGUGCACUCCCCGCCUGAGAGAUCGCCGGUGCAGGCCAACAGCUCCAGCAAGACAGCCGGCGCCCCCACCGGCACAGUGCCGCAGCAGCUACAGGUCCGCAGUGUCCAGCCAAGCAUCCCCACCAGCCAAGAGAGGUCCGUGGUCCAGGCCACGCCACAGACGCCCAAAGCCGGGCCGGUGCAGCAGCUGACCGUCCAGGGGCUUCAACCCGUCCACGUGGCUCAAGAGGUGCAGCAGCUGCAGCAGGUGCCUGUGCCCCACGUGUACUCCAGCCAGGUGCAGUAUGUGGAGGGCGGCGAUGCCAGCUACACGGCCAGCGCCAUCCGCUCCAACACUUACCCCUACCCUGAGACGCCACUGUACACGCAGACGGCCAGCGCCAGCUACUAUGAGGCUACAGGCACAGCCGCCCAGGUCAGCACGCCCGCCACCUCCCAGGCGGUGCCCAGCAGUGGCUCUGUGCCCAUGUACGUGUCGGGCAGCUCCACCAGCAGUGGGGGCAGCAGCAGCGGCAGCAGCAGCAGCGGUGGAGGCGGCGGAAGUGGUGGUGGUGGUGGUGGCAGUGGUGGCAGCGGCGGCAGCGGUGCGGGCACCUACGUGAUCCAAGGCGGGUACAUGCUGGGCAGUGCCAGCCAGUCCUACUCCCAUACCACUCGUGCCUCGCCAGCCACCGUCCAGUGGCUGCUGGACAACUACGAGACGGCGGAGGGCGUGAGCCUGCCCCGCAGCACCCUCUAUUGCCACUACCUGCUGCACUGCCAGGAGCAGAAGCUGGAGCCCGUCAACGCUGCCUCCUUUGGCAAGCUCAUCCGCUCCGUCUUCAUGGGCCUGCGCACCCGCCGCCUCGGCACCAGGGGCAACUCCAAGUACCACUACUACGGCCUGCGCAUCAAGGCCAACUCGCCCCUGCUGCGCCUGAUGGAGGACCAGCAGCACAUGGCCGUGCGGGGCCAGCCCUUCUCGCAAAAGCAGAGGCUCAAGCCCAUCCAGAAGAUGGAAGGCAUGACCAAUGGCGUGGCCGUGGGGCAGCAGCAGGCUGCCGGCCUGUCAGACAUCAGCGCCCAGGUCCAGCAGUACCAGCAGUUCCUGGACGCCUCCCGGAGCCUGCCUGACUUCUCAGAGCUGGACCUCCAGGGCAAAGUGCUGCCUGAGGGCGUCGGGCCCGGGGACAUCAAGGCCUUCCAGCUCCUGUACCGGGAACACUGUGAGGCCAUCGUCGACGUCAUGGUGAACCUGCAGUUCACGCUGGUGGAGACCCUGUGGAAGACCUUCUGGAGGUACAACCUCAGCCAGCCCAGUGAGGCACCGCCGCUGCCUAUACACGACGAGGCUGAGAAGCGGCUGCCCAAAGCCAGCCUGGUCCUCCUCUCCAAGUUCGAGCCUGUGCUGCAGUGGACCAAGCACUGUGACAACGUGCUGUACCAGGGCCUGGUGGAGAUCCUCAUCCCCGACGUGCUACGGCCCAUCCCCAGUGCCUUGACCCAAGCAAUCCGGAACUUCGCCAAGAGCCUGGAAAGCUGGCUCACCCACGCCAUGGUGAACAUCCCCGAGGAGAUGCUGCGAGUGAAGGUGGCGGCGGCCGGUGCCUUCGCGCAGACGCUGCGGCGCUACACGUCGCUCAACCACCUGGCGCAGGCAGCGCGCGCGGUCCUGCAGAACACGGCGCAGAUCAACCAGAUGCUGAGCGACCUCAACCGCGUGGACUUUGCCAACGUGCAGGAGCAGGCCUCGUGGGUGUGCCGCUGUGAAGACCGAGUGGUGCAGCGGCUGGAGCAGGACUUCAAGGUGACGCUGCAGCAGCAGAACUCACUGGAGCAGUGGGCCGCCUGGCUGGACGGCGUGGUGAGCCAGGUGCUCAAGCCCUACCAGGGCAGCGCCAGCUUCCCCAGGGCCGCCAAGCUCUUUCUUCUCAAGUGGUCUUUCUACAGCUCCAUGGUGAUACGGGACCUGACCCUGCGCAGCGCCGCCAGCUUCGGCUCCUUCCACCUCAUCCGGCUGCUCUACGAUGAGUACAUGUACUACCUGAUCGAGCACCGUGUGGCCCAGGCUAAGGGCGAGACACCCAUUGCCGUCAUGGGCGAGUUCGCCAACCUGGCCACCUCUCUGAACCCCUUGGACCCAGACAAAGAUGAGGAAGAAGAGGAGGAGGAAGAGAGUGAGGACGAGCUGCCACAGGCUCUCUCGCUGGCAGACGGCAGCGAGUCACCCUCGCUGGGCACUGAGGCCCUGGAGCCACCCGCCAAGCUGGCGAGAUCAGAUGCACGCAGCCUCUUCGUGCAGGCGCUGCCCUCCAGCUAAGCCCAAGGCCACUGCCCGGUCCCUGCCUGUCCACCCCACCCGCCACCCUCCCUGCCAGGGUCCCAACUGCUUCUGUGGCCUGUCAGCGCUCCAGCCUUGGUCUGGGCCCGGAGAAGCCUCGGAAACACGGGAGGCCUGGGCCCCCGCCUGGCCCAGGGCUGGCCCAAUCACUGGCCUGGCAGAGCCACAGCUGCAAACUCUAUAACACAAAAGAUGUGCCUUAAGGAACCUGCCGCCGUGCCCAGGUGCCCCUUGGGGCAGCCAGCUCGGUCCCUUGGCCCCGAAGGCCACAGCAUCUUCCCCACCCGCCUUCCCACCACCCAAGGGGGCAGGCAGGCAGGCCCCUCUGACCCACCCCCACAGAUCCAUUAACUUAUUCAGCUCGCUGGCUUUGCACAGCCUAUCUGGGGCCCAGCUGAGCCCCAGGCGGGCACAGGUGGGUAUCACCUGGGGACCCCGACUGUCAGCAGCCCCACUGCUCCCUUCCCCUUUGGUAUUAAGUGCAAUUAAAGCCGUGGGUGUUGCAUUUUCUCCAGAGCUGGGCCUUCCCUAGCCCCUCAGCUUGAGGGGGGAACUGCCCGGCCCAGCUGUGCCAGGGUGAUGGGGUGGGGUGGGGGGUGGGGGCCUGGCCUCCAGUUUCCAAAGAGCACCAGGCGGUUGGCCGACCGGGGCCACCUGCUGCAGGCAGUAGGGGUGGCCAUCCAGCGCCUGCUAGGCCCCCUCCCAGGGCCUCUCCCUGUGCUGGUUUGUAGUGGAACCUUCCCCGACACCGCUCUCCCCGCUCCGUGCCGUGCCACCCUGUCCCCCUGAACGACACGACUCCCGUGCGAUUUGUGAGUGCCACCAAACGAAGUCAGUAACUCGUUGGGUUUCUCUCCAACUAUCAUGGCCUUAUCUGUUCCGGUUUUCUCGGUGUUUUCGACCCGUGCGAUAGAUGUUUAUGGCAAAACCGAAAAAGGAAAAAAAAACCAGACCUAUUGUACAAAAGUCACUCGUGUGUGUGCUCCGCGUGCUACAGCUUUGGGGGCCAGCCCCGCCCACCCGACGCCCCCGCCCCCCCCCUUCCUGGCGGUGAAAGUGUCCACGCGUGUGGUAGUCUAGUGCCGAGCUGUUUUCUAUCUUUUUGUAGUCUUUCUUAAAACACAAUAAAUUCCGCUGUGUUA